AUGGAAGCAAUCAAUUAUCCUCUAUGUGAUUGGGUACUCUCCUACGAUAGGGCUAUUGAAAGGUUUCUGAUGGCACGCUGGAAAUUAACUACAAAGCCUCAAAUCUUCUACCAUAAUGAGGACUACUUUGUGAUCAGAUUCAAUAAAAUGGAGGAGAGAGAUGAAGUAUUAUUGACUGGACCUAAUAUGAUCAACAAUAGGCAUGUGAUAAUGAAGCCUUGGGCUGCUGACUUUAAUUUUAAAAAUGUAGUUCUAAAGACGAUGCCAUUGUGGGUAAAGUUCCCAAACCUGCCAUUACAGUGCUGGAACAAAAGAUCCUUAAGUAAAAUUAGUAGUGGGCUAAGUACGCCAUUGUAUGCUGAUGAUUGCACUACAAAUACUACUCGCAAAUCAUAUGCCAGGGUCCUUAUAGAGAUAGAUAUCACAAAGGAACUGCCUAAAUGUAUACUGGUGCUUGAUCCACAAGGAAAUCAAAUGGUGCAAGAAAUUGCUUAUGAAUGGGAGCCAGAAUUCUGUGGAAAAUGCUUGCAAGUAGGACACUCCUGUAGUGAAGUGGAAGCCCAGCGCCCUACUAUACAACAAACUAGAGGUAAAGUGCAGAAAGGGAAACAAGUGUGGAGGAAGAAUGAUGCCACGGGUAACCAGGGUGUGCAACAAAAUAAGGCUAAUCCCAGUACUGACAUAGCAAAGCAAACUGAGAUAAACACUAUAAGCAAAGAGGCUCCAAAUGCAAGUACGCAACAAGAGGAAUGGACAAAAGUGACAACAAAAUCAGCAAUCAAAGCUAAGAACACAAUCACGGAGGAAGAGAAUGUUGGGACCUCCAAUGGAUUUAAUCCAUUACUGAUGUCGGAUGAUCAACAUGAAUAUCAGAUACAAAAGAGAGGGGAUUCUAGGGGACAAUGCAGCUACACCGAUGGGGCAGGGGAUACCAACUUCUAUCAUAAUCAAUGA